AAUUUACACAAAGCCCUGUAUGAAGGAACUAAGUGGCGGUUUGAAGCAGGCAAAGCCAUAUUUAGCUGCCAUCCUUCUAAGAUUUGUAGCCGCUGGUUUGGUUGUGAUAGCCAAGAUUGCGUUGAAUGAAGGCAUGAGCCCACAGGUGUAUUCGCUCUAUCGUUAUUGUGUUGCUGCCAUUGUUGUAGCUCCAUUUGCCCUUCUCUUUGAUAGAAGAAGAAGACCAGAGAUGAGUUGGUGCAUGUUUGCAAAGAUUCUGCUGCUGGGCUCUAUGGACUCUGUGGUUAUCCCUAACACGUAUUUCACUGGUUUGAAGUUUGUAUCUCCAACUUUCUCCAUUGCUAUGUCCAAUGCUGUUCCUGCACUUUCCUUCUUCUUCGCUUGGAUUUUUAGGAUGGAAAAGGUUGAUAUUAGGAGAGUUUCAUCUUGGGCAAAGAUCAUAGGAACUGCAGUGACAGUGGGAGGAGCAAUGACAAUGAUCUUUGUCCGACACCCAACCUUAAGAUUUGGUUGGACAAAAGGAGCUGACUCCCAACAUCACUCAUCAACUGCUGCAAACAACCAAGAUUACCGUUUCAAAGGUGUCAUUUUGGUCACAAUUUCUUGUGUUUCCUCUUCACUUUCAUGCGUUCUUCAGGCAAUUGUGUUGAAAUCAUAUCCUGUGGGGCUGAGUCUCACUGUUUUGGUGAGCUUAGUGGGAGUUGUGGAAGGCAGUGUGAUAGCUUUGGCAAUGGAAUGGAACAACCCAGCUGCUUGGUCAAUUCAUUUUGAUUUUCAACUCUUGGCCAUCCUUUAUGCUGGAAUAUUAAUCUCAGGGCUUUCAUACUACGUUCAAGGAGUUGUAAUGGAAGCAAAGGGAGCUGUGUUUUUGACAGCAUUUUUCCCUCUAAGCACUGUCAUUGUUGCAAUCAUAAGCUCAUUCGCAGUGUCUGAGAUAUUGUCCUUGGGAAAGAUUGUGGGAGCAGUCAUCAUAAUUCUAGGUCUUUAUUUGAUUCUCUGGGCCAAAACCAAAGAUCAAGCUCUUGACAAGGCAGCUAAUGCAGUCAGUGAUGUUGCUCGGCCAACGACCAACCGUUCCGUUUGAAUAGCGAGACCCCAUCUGAUAACUAUUAUGUUCUCGGUUCUUGUUUU